AUGGCCGACAACACUAUACCAUCACCUUCCCAGUUGGCGCUCGCGCUGGCCAUCGUCAAGCAGAAGCCCCUCGGAACCACCAUGAAAGAUUACUUUACUCGCAUACGACAAUUCAUCAAAGCAGCCACGCCGACAGACCGGCCCACAAGCCGAGAUCAGUUCUUCGACAGUGUCGCAUUCUGGCAAAAAGCGUACGAGAAAUCCGAGGCCGAACAGAGCAAACUCCUUGACCGGAUAUACGAGCUGGAACAACUCAACGAAGUGCUUACCGCCAAAUUGCAUGACGCGAAUGCUGUCUCGAAAGACACGGUACAAGAAUCCACGAAGCGGAAGGCAACCUUAGAUGCUAGUAUGGCUGGCACUACGACUUCAAGGAAAAAGUCCAAAUCACAGGCACAGUCACAGAGCAGAGCUUGCAUGCUGAUCGAGAGUAUCUCUAAUGGGCUGGACGGUCAGCUACCUGAAUAUCUUGAAGAGCCUACAGCAUCAUUUAUGAGGAAGUUCUAUGCUCUGCAGAAGAUGUUGCAGCGGAGUCCCAACACUCCAGCUAUUGCGCUGGCUGCAGGCGAACUGUGCUCCGUCGCGGAAAACGAUAUACUCCGUGCAGUCCAACGGCAAGCCGGUUCCAAUCCAGAAGGAAGAGAUGCGUCCGUUGUCAAGGAUCCAAGUGCAGCGGCGAUUCUGAACAGUAUAUACAGCGCCCACCAGCUACUGCUUAGAGCAUUGAAGAAGGUCCCUUCGGGUGAAUCAGCAUUGCAAGGCCGUGGCCAGAUCAUUUUCCACCUUGUUCGACUGUCUGAGACAGUUAUCAAAGCCGACCAAAACAAGGUCUUCUGGGAGGUCGAAAAGGUCUAAGACAGGGCAUUCCAACAAUAAGAUCCCAUCAAGCACGAACGAUGAGGUUGCCC